AUGCCUCAGCUCAGCGGCGGAAGUGAGAAGCCACGAAGGUGGAUAAAAAGAUAUCGGACAGAGACAGCCGCCAGUACCGCGAGUGUCUUGUCCACUGUCACUGCUUUUCCUCUCGACAGUGUGAAAACUCGUAUGCAAACAUACCCAUAUGCGGGUGCUCUAGAUUGCGUACGAGUGACUUAUAAUUCGGAGGGUAUUCGAGGCUUCUUUCGAGGUGUAACUGCUCCCUUAGCUAGUGUCACACUUGUACGAACGAUUUCCUUCUCGAUCUACCAACGCUCCAAAUACGUUUAUUCCGACUGGAUGAAACAAAACCUCGGGUUCUGCCCCCUUGAACAUGUUAAUAAGAACGGCGCAUAUCCGAACCUUGGCACUAUUGCUUGCUUCGGAGUUGCCGGGGCCACUGCCGGCUCCGGUAUCACCUUCAUUGCUUGUCCAUUCGAGUUAACAAAACUCAGCGCCCAAGUGUCGGUUCUUAUGGCGAACCAGAAAAAUGCGGAUCCACAAAAACAAGCUAUUGCUCUCAGUUACCACAAUAAAGGAACUUUCAAAACCCUUGCCAACAUCGUCAAGCAUAGAGGCUUUUCCGGGAUGUACACCGGACUAAAUUUGCAUCUAUUGAGAGACACCCUUGGAACGGGAAUUUACUUUGCUACGUAUGAGAGCAGCAAACAGCUGUUGACGACCUUUAGCGGGAAGGAUGCUCACAAGAACCCCAUUGCCGUACUCGCCGCUGGAGCUCUCUGCGGUAUAGUAUCGUGGGCUUUAAUAUGUCUGUACCCUUCACGCCAGUUGUAG